AUGUUGCUUGUUUUUCUAUCUAUUCAUAAUUAUUUGAAACUUUUUCUCUAUUUAUCCAUCUAUUUAUCUAUCAAUAGACAGAUGUUAAUUUAUUCAAAUCUAUCUAUCUAUCUAUCUAUCUAUCUAUCUAUCUAUCUAUCUAUCUAUCUAUCAAAGGAGAGAAUUCUUAGAUUCAUCUAUCUAUCUAUCUAUCUAUCUAUCUAUCUAUCUAUCUAUCUAUCUAUGUCAACUUAUUCAAAUCUAUCUAUUUAUCUAUCUAUUUAUCUAUCUGUCGAAGAUCAUUCUAACUUUCUAUCUAUCUAUCUAUCUAUCUAUCUAUCUAUCUAUCUAUCUAUCUGUCUGUCUCUCUGUCUAACGAAGUCUCUUUCCCUCACUCACACAUUCAAUCAAUCAGUCUCUUUCACUCACUCACACAUUCAAUCAAUCAGUCUUUUUCACUCACUCACACAUUCAAUCAAUCAGUCUCUUUCCCUCACUCACACAUUCAAUCAAUCAGUCUCUUUCACUCACUCACACAUUCAAUCAAUCAGUCUCUUUCACUCACUCACACAUUCAAUCAAUCAGUCUCUUUCAUCACUCACGCAUUCAAUCAAUCAGUCUCUUUCCCUCACUCACACAUUCAAUCAAUCAGUCUCUUUCACUCUCUCACACAUUCAAUUUUAUGGAUCAUUCAGACAGUAA